AUGUAAAAAAUACGGUCUACUUUAUUUAAAAGUUCUUAUACAUAUUUAAGGUAUGUUUUCAAAGAUAAAGAUAACUUUUUUAUUAUUGAUAAGAGUUUAUCUUAUCAAAAUAAUUAAUAGAAUGGCUAUCUAUUAGAGGGAUAUAUUUAAUUGAGUAUUAUAGCUGUUAUUCCAUAAUAAGAUUAAUUUAUGAUAAUUUGGGAAACAGAAACUAAAAAUGGAGAAUAUGCAAAUGAUGCUUAAUUGUCAUUACAUUAUGUCUAAGAAUUAUAGAAUUUAGAAUAUUGUUUAAUUUAAAAGUAUUUUAAGAUUCCAACUCCAUAGAUAGUUGAAGAUGCUACAAAAGAACUUCUUAAUAUUGAGAUAAUUGAAUAAUAUUAACCUUAAAGAGUAAAUGAAGUCUAGAUGAAUUCAUCUUUAUCUGAUGUGGAUUGCAACUAAUUUUAGUCUUAAAUAGUAUUAGAAGAGGAACCAGAGUUGAUUAAUAAAAAUGAUUAUUUGUAAUUAUUAGAAUUAGUAACUAAGAAUACUGGAAUAAUAUUUUGGUCAGCAAUUCAUUAUUAUCAAUUGCCACUAUUAGAACCAGAUAAUAUUUAUUUUAAAGAGACUGCAGAAAAUAAAAAUAUCAUAUUAUAAAGUGAUUGGGAGAUCUUAGAAAAUGGUGGUUUGAGAUUUAUAAAUAAAAAGAAACUUGAAAUUUAAAAAGAAGUUAUAACAUUUAUGUUAAGGAAAUUAGGAUCUAAUUUACUUAUGGGUAAAUCUUUAAUUAGUAUCUCAUUGCCAGUUAACAUUUUUGAAAAAAGAUCUAAUCUUGAAAGAGCUUGUUAUAGUUUAGGCUAUAUUUGGUUAUUAGAGAAGGCAGGAGAAUUAUAAGAUCCACUUGAAUAAAUGAAAUUGGUGGCAUAAUUUUCUCUUGCUUAUAAUANUAUGCCUUAGAACAUAAUUGAUGAAACAGCAAAAACUCAUUACAAAACCUAAUCUUAAGUGUAAACAAAAUAUAUGGAUAAUACACAAAAAUAAAAUGAUUAAUAAUAAUAAUUAAUAAAAAAGGAUUAAAAAGUUUCUGUUAUAUCUAUAUAAAAUGAUAAAGAAAAUAAAUAAAAUGUGAUUUAACUUGAAAAAAAGGUUCCAACUCUUCUAUAGAAUAUAAUAAAUUAAAAAGAGUUAUUCUAUAUGGAUAGAUUAAUGGAUGAUUCAGAAUAUUAAUUGAUAAGCUUUAAAAAUAAAUUGAGGUAUUGAUUCAUCUAAUAAUACUAGAAUAUUGCAACAUAAAACAUAAAAAGAAAAAAUAAAAGCUAUUUUGAAUAUAAGUAGUGAUAACAUCAUUCCGAUAGUAUCAGCAUUGGUUUGUCCAGAUGUAAUGAAGAAUUGGAAUACAUAGAUUGAUUAGACAAAUGUUUUAGAUAUAAUGUUAAAAAUAAUUCUAUGA